AUGGAUACCGAAGGCGGCGUGCUAUCGGAGCGUCCGAGCUCUCCCGGUACCGGCUCCGAGCCCCUGGCAUGCGUGACUUGCCGAUCCCGGAAGCUAAAGUGUGACCGAGUGAAGCCGGCAUGCAGCCGCUGCUUGAAAGUCAAAGGAGAAUGUGUGUAUCCAGAGUCAAGGAGGAAACCCGCCUUUAAGCGGAAGAAUGUAAAGGAGCUCGAGGAGAGGUUAGCCCAGGUGGAGGAUCUUCUCAAAGAAGCGGGUAAGAUCACCAAGGGGGGGUUGCCAAACGAGGGCGACAUGGACAGCGGGGUCAGCAUUGUCCUGGACGACUUCCAUGUUGGUCUGGAGACGCUUACGGCAAUGCAGAACGGGACGUUUGGUGAAAAUACCGACGAAUUCUUUCCCGGGGCGCCUGAAGAUGGACCUCAGGGGCCUAGUUUUGCCGAAUCGUCGGGGAAGCUCAUAGGGCUCGGGCUCUCCGAAGCUUUGCCCCCUUUCGAGAUGAUGGAAGAGCUCAACAAGACUUUCUUCGAACGCCAACAUCAUUUCAUCCCCAUCAUCCACCCAGGCCGAUAUCUGCAGUCCUUCUACUCCGCGCCUCACAAGCGCCCGCCCAUGUGUUUGCAAUAUGCGGUCUGGACGAUGGCCUCCAAUGGGCAUGAGAAGUAUGCGCAGUACCACGACAUCUUCUACAAACGAGCUCGGCAAUACGCCGACGCUGAUGAGAUGAAGGGGCUCGGCGAGCACUUCCUGACGGUGCAACACGCUCAAGCGUGGGCUCUAAUCUCGACAGACGAAGCAAGAAGCCUGUUCUUCACAAGGGCGGCCAUGAGCUCAGCCAAGUGUGUCCGUCUCGUAGAGAUGAUGGGUCUGCACCGUGUCGACGGGGACGGCCAGGAGAUGGCCCCCACGCUUGCGCCGCCUACUUCGUGGGUGGACUUGGAGGAACGAAGACGAACCUUUUGGGGAGCCUACUGCAUCGACUGCCAUGCUAGUAUCGCUACAGGGUGGCCGACGCUGAUUGACCCCAACGAAAUCUCGACGCAUCUUCCUUCCUCCGAGGAAGCUUUCAACUUGGGCUUGGAGGAGACUACUGCUACCCUGCCAGAGGCGUUCAAAGGUGCCUCAUACUCCACAUUCGCGGCUGCUGUCGUAGUCUGCUUCAUCUUCAACAAGCUCCUGAAGCACGUGCACUGGGAGAGACCGAACGACCGGCCCACGGACGUUGAGUACGGCGAGUUUUGGACCCGACACAGGGACAUUGACAACAUGCUUUCGAGCGCCUUCAUGUUCCUCCCGGAACGCUUCCGCUUGCCCCACGGCAUGCGCGAUCCCACGGCUGUCCACACGAACCUCAACCUGCAUGCUUCCGUCAUCUGUUUGCACCACGCGGCGAUCGACAGGAUCGAGAGGUACAACCUGCCGGAGAAACUGAAGGCAGCAUCGAUGCUUAGGCUGCGAACAGCAGCGGAGGAGGUAGUGAAUGUCGUAAAGUCGACGAGCCACGUGAACUCGGGCUACAAGAGUCCCAUGGUCGCCUUAUCGCUGUACACGGCCGCGUCGGUGUAUGUAUACUCUGCCAAGUGCGACCCGGAAGCCGGUGUAUCGACGGCGGAUCUACAGAACCUCAAGUUCAUCAUCACCGCGAUGGAGGCGAUCGGGCGGAAGCACAUCAUCACCAAGGCCUUUUUGCAGCAAAUCUUUAUGGACAUCGAACGGAAUGGCCUAGCGGGCAUCAUAGACCUGCCCGGCCUGAGCAACUACAAAAACCAGUUUGGGUGGACAUACUCAAAUAUUCCCCUCCUUGCGAGGAGCUCGAUAUCAAAACACACCGAGAUCCAGCCCCCUCUGCCCGGCAGACUGCCGCUCGGCAACCCAAAGGGCACGGCCUACGAACCCGGCCUCAGCGGAGUGGAGUACGAGCACAAUAUAACGAUGGAUGCCGGGUGCUUCUCCCUGGACACCAAGCCAACCACCACGAGCAUCGCCGGCGGCGCUGGACACCCGCGUGAUAUUUUUGUCGGAUACAUGGGCGAGGUCACAGCAACAAGCGGACUCGACGACAAUAGUUCCAACAAGAGAAGACGGACGUCACCGACGACUUGCCUGGAAGAAGACACCCGCUCCAAGGCUGGGAUGUUCAGCGGCGGCUUCCCGUCGUCCAAUGCCGACAUGCGGGCCCCAUCGGCUCCUUUGAAGAACGGCAUCAACGGCGUGGGCGGUUUCGGGAAGGGCCUGUUGCCCCGAACGGGCGUCAUGAAGCCGGCGCCCAGCCCGCGUAUCAACCUACCGCACCGGACUCCGCCGGCGUUCGACAGAAGCGCGACUUUGCUGUCCACGGGCGACAGCAGCAGCAGCAGCAGCAACAACACGCCUCCCGGGGUUGGGCUCGGCAGCACGUCGCCCGAUGACGGGAGUACGCAGAGCAGCUAUAGCGGCGGCGGAAACGCCUACGAGGUCGUCGACAUCACGAGCAUACAGAACGCCACGCUGGGCGGCACGGGGGCGUCCUCUUCGUCGACGUGGGACUCGAGAGGGCUGCAAUACGCGCCGAGCACGGAGCCGAUCUCGUUCAUGAACAUGAACUUUGAUUCGAUCCCCUCCGGCAUGGGGAUGGACCCGUGGGCAAUCAUGGCCAAUAUGGACGACUUGAUGUGGACCGAGUCGGGGGAAGUGACGACGGCGGUGGCAGCAGCAACAGCAGGUCUGAAUGAGACUGGAGGUCCGGGAUAG